AUGGUCGGUGGCCGGAAGCAAUCGGAACGCGGGGAGGCCGGAGGCGGUGGAUUCGUUGAGCGAGUAAGAUUCAAGAACAACCGUCCGGAUCUCGCCGUCACCGUCAUCAAAGCCGUGAACGGAGGUAACAGAACGGCAGUUUCUCAACCGGUGUUCUCCGCCGGUGAUACUGAAUCCGGUGACGCGGCGUUCGUCAUCGAGAACGUCGAGUCUCUUGGUGCUGGUUUCCGCCGGGAGACCGGAGAUGACAUUGACGUCUCUGGUGCAACCGACUUUCAUUUGGAAGCCGUCCUUGAGAGGGCAGCUUUUGAUGAAGUGUUUGUAGAUUUGCGGUUUGUCGAAGCUGUGGACGACGGACCAGACGGUUUUGGAAGUGGCGGUUUUGUCGGUUGUCUUGUGGUUGCCGCUGUGAUUUCAUAUCACUAUCUGCUUCUCUGGUCUUUUGAUUUUUUUUUGUUCAUUGUUGAGAGUUGUUGUUGUAACCAUUGGUGGUGGUUUAAGGUUUUGCUCGAUUCAACAACAUAA